GGUUGAUUCGGUUCAGUUCAGGCCUCUUCUGCUUUCUUCAAAUACUCUCUUGCUCCCCAAGGUUCAUAUGUAACGCCUUCACCGUCACGGCCGUAACUGAACUUAAUCUCGCCGAUGAACAGAAAAAAGAUGGUGAACACGCGAAGCAGUAGAGAAAAUCAAGAUGCUAGUGAGAGGGGCCCACAACCACAAAAGGAGACAACUGGGAAUCAAGAGGGAAAUUCUAGAUUGUCAAUAACGGCUGAAAUCCACAAGAUAAUCGACGAGAAAAUGGGGUCAAUUCUUAAUGGGGUCAUCAAGCCAUGUCCAUACAAGACGUUUCUUAGUUGCCAACCGCCAGAGUUCUCAGGGAGCACGGACCCCACCGCGAUCCUGAACUGGAUUACUGAGAUGGAGAUGACAUUUGAUUUAUGCGAGUGUAGAGAGGAACAAAAAGUGAAGUUUGCAGUUCGUAUGCUCAAAGGGAACGCGUUCUCAUGGUGGAACGUGACUCGAAUGUUGUUGGGUGAUGAAGCUGCGUCCCACCUCACAUGGGGCGACUUUGUUGAAAAGUAUGUGGGGCACUUGGCCCCAAGUGAUGAAGAUUGUGUGGCACGUUUUGUGGCGGGGUUGUCAUUUGAAUACUCGAUAAACGUAGAAAAUGUGAAAAAUUUGAAUGAGGCUAUUUGUGUGGCUAAGAGGUUAGAGGAAAUUGAGAAUGAAAAGGAAGAAAGGGAAGAUGUUGGAGAAAAGAGAAAAUGGGGAGGGGAAUUGGGGUCUUUAAAAAAAUCAAAAGGAGAGGUCAAAUCUUGUUAG